GAUUGCGCACAUUCCAAGAACCGAAGCUUCAGCGGACAGCAGAUGCUGCUCGUUGGUCGCGACGGCAAUUGCAACAACAUCACCAUUGCGAUGGCACUGGUUGACGCUGAGGGCAUCGUCAACUACACCUGGUUUGUCGAGUCCCUUCGUCAGGCCGGUCUGGACAUUACAGAGUACCCUGUAUUUUGUGACCGGUGCGACGCAUUCCGCUCGGUCGCCGCUACAUACAACAUCAAUGUCCGGUAU